AUGUCUGACGUACAAAGAAGUCGUUCUAUGGUGUUUCUUGGCUGGGUUCUAUUUUGCGCGUUGUUUAUUAUACAAUUAGUGAUAUUUUCAUGUUUGCUUCACCAUUAUCACAACUCUGCAUCGCUUAUAGCAUGCAUUGUUUUGUACUUCCUUGUUGUUCUUGCGGUCAUAGUUUUUAUGCUCUUCAUUAGGUGCAAAAAACAUAAGUCUUGUCAAGAACUUUAUGCUGAAGGAGAUAAAGAAAUUUGUUAUGUUUGGAUUGUUUGUGGUGUUUAUAUUGUUGCUUACACCGUAUCUGUUGCAAUGAUAUUCUUUAAAGUCGCCAAAAAUCUUACCAAAGAUAUGACUCUUGGUAUCAACACAUUGAAAGGAACACUUUCCAUUGCUCCUAUGCUGUUAAUUCUCAUGUUACAGUUGACCAUUUCUCCAAGAUAUCGUAAAGAUGUUUUAUCACUGUCUAUAUUUUCUGCAUUGAAUAUUUUUGAUGGCAUCGAAAUGUUGGAAGUCAUUUUGAUGCACCAUGAAGGACUAUUUCAUUUAAGCAUCCAUUUGGAAAGGGCCAUCGUUGUCUUCCUUUGUUUAUCAUUUUUGAUCUCUUUUUUUACUUUGUUUCGAAAUAAGUUUAAGCCGGAUGGAAACGUCGAGAAAAGAAAGGGAACUUCAAUUCGCUUUGGCCAUGGUAUUAUGGAGAUGUUUGGCAUCAAUAUACCGUUUCUCAUUUUACGUUCCAUUGUUUGGCAUGAUUAUAAAUACGAAGCUUCAGUGUUUAUAGCUAAGAAUAUCAUAUUUUUAGUUGUUGGCGUUGUGGAGUUAUGUAUCCUGAAAAAGUGGAUAGAAUGGGGUGUUGAGGAUGGUUUUGCUGAAAAUAUUGACGGUUUUACUGAAAACAUUGAGGAUGGUUUAAUUGAAAACAUGGAGGACUGACGUUGCAACUUUAUAUCUAGGAAAAAGGUGGAACAUAAUCUAUUCAUAUCUUUACAAUGUGUAUAUGUAGGAAAGUUUUUUUGUGACUAAAACACCAACGUUGAUUUAUGUGUAGUAAUACUUACAGCUUGUAGUUUUGCCCUAAGCCAACUGUGUAUGACAGUAAAACAUCACCAGGGAAACAUACAAGAAUCAAUGAAAUCUACGUCACUAUGCACCAUGGUACGUUGGAUGUUUUUAUCAUCAAGUAUGUAAUGCAUCAGGACUAAAGAAGAUAGUAAAAAUUUCAAUCUUAUAAACGACGUUGUUAUUUUGCCUGUCAUGAUUUGAAAGAAACGCCACUCGUCUUGCAUGACAAAUAUUUCAGUUAUUUUUUAAUGAACAGUUAGAUGCAUGUAAAAGGAUAUUGUCACAACCUAAGUAUAAAGCCUUUAACAUUGUUCACUUUAUUCAUGCUAUGUUUGCAAAUAAAAUUUGUAGCCGAAA